GUGCAGCUGAAGGGCUGGUUACUGAAGACACCCUCAAACCAUUGUUAAAGGAGCCCUAAGAAAUAUUACAUGGGACCAGAUUUGGAAAAAAUGGAGUGCUGGAAAACCUGACCUGACUGCAAAUAUCUGAUGAAAGGGAUGCUGACUCCAACAGGAGACCAGCACAAUAAAAAACAGCUGCAGUAUGUGCUAUGUGACUGACACGUAAAUCUUCCAGUUGCCCUAAAACUCCUGGAGAAUGCUAAGGAGAUCUGAGGAAAGGCUCAGAAAGAAGCAAUCUGAGCUGCAUACUAGGGUCACAGAAUGGGGAACUGAGGUAGAGGAAGAUCAAAUGACUCACCUGAAGUGACACAGGAAGCUUGUAGCAGAGCCAAUGUUGAACUCAGAUCUCCUCUAUCACAGCCUCGCCCCUUCACCACAUGAUUAACCACCCUGUGGAAGUGCACAAGAACUCUCAAAAAAUAACGUGGCAAAGGAUUCAACAUGCCAAACAAAGAGUGAUGUCACAGUGACGUGAGAGCUGGCAGGAGUAUAGAACAUGCCCAGCAUUUGGACAUGGAAACUGUAAUAAACCCAACCCCUUUUCAGGGUGCUUGGUGGGCUAAAGAUAGAACCUGAGGAUUCCUCCAGUGAAGGGGGGAAGCUAUUCAUAAAAACAAUAAUGAAAGAAGCUAUGAACUCAAAAACGGUGGCUAAUAUGCUCAAGUGGUUCACACAUGACAUGCAGAGCCAGAGUCCCAGCUGAUGUACAUAGGCACAGCUUCAUUGGUUGCCCUGGAGUUAUGCUGAUUUCAGUGAAGGAUGUGGCCCCUGAAACAGACACAGAUGCAAGUAAUAAUUGAAACUGAGAAAGGGCUAUUCAAUGAAAGAAUCAAGAUUGAUAUGUGAGCCUGAAACCCGAGAGUAUGUCUUUACACAGCUGUGUACUGCCUGAAAACAGCCCAGUCAGACAGCCUGAAACGAAAGGGUUAAAAAGCCUACAGCCACAGGAAGGCAAUCUCACCCAACUGUUUUAUCUGCUCCGCCCUCUGAUGAAGACAUAAGCACUUCCGCAUAGCUGCCAGCUUUAUCAAGGCCAUCUGUGCAUCUGAGUCUGAUCUGCAAUAUCCCGGGACACAGAGCUGGUCUGCUUCUGUGCAGCAGAGAAUGUCGGAGAUAGAAGAUGGCAGAGGCUGAAAGCACAGUUAUAAACACCAAUGUGAAACAGAAAGACCCAAAUGAGGCGCUGGUCAUCGCUGUGACAACCAGGGCCAUCUUCAACCUGGAGGAGGAGCAUCAGCUGUUCCUGACAAAGGGCAAGGAAGAGUAUGUGAAGUAUCAGCAAGUCAAUGAGAAUAAGCCCUUGGAGCAAGGUACAGCCUUCACUUUCAUUCAGGCUGUGCAGUUUGUGAAUGAGAAACUCCUGGAGAGAAACCCAGAGGAGAAGGGCCUCUUUGAUGUCAUCAUCCUCUCCAACAACAGCCCAGAAAGUGGCAUGCGCAUCGUCAAUAGUGCUAAGCACCAUGGUUUGGAGAUUUCCAGGUUUUGCUUUGUCAGCGAUGAAGAUUCCACCCAGUACUUGAAAUCCCAUAAUGUCAAGCUCUUCCUCUCGGCCGACAGGACGGACGUGUGCAAUGCACUCCAGCGAGGAGUGUCAGCGGCUCUCAUCUUCCAGCAGGAGGUGCAGACCCCCAGCACCCAACUGCGAGUGGUGUUUGAUGGGGAUGCCGUGCUCUUCUCAGAUGAGACAGACCGGGUUUUUCGAGAGAAGGGGCUGUCGGGGGCUCUGGAGUAUGAGAGGGCAAUGGAAGCCGUGCCCAUGGGAGAGGGUCCAUUGAAGGCAUUUGCCAUGCAUCUUGGGAAGAUGCGCAAGAAGUUCAGCCAGGAGAAUUCCCCUAUUCGCACCUACUUGUUGACUGCCCGCAGCGGCCGGGAUAUGGGCAUCCGUGCUAUCAAGACCCUCCGGGAAUGGGGGCUGGCGAUUGACGAGGCCUUCUUCAUGGACGGGGCUCCCAAGGGCCCUCUCCUCUCCCAGAUCCAACCCCACAUCUUCUUUGAUGAUGGCCUUCAUAACAUCCAGGGGGCUCAAGAUAUUGGCAUACCCUCUGCCUUGGUCCUCUGUGACUGCUGAUGGGCAGGGAUGAAGGGGCAAAGGUCCUCCAAGGAUCAGGCAAUUGGAGAACACAAACACAAAGCUUCUGCCAAAAGGGAUAAGGGAAGAUUUCUAAACCUGUGCUAAGCAAGCUUAGGGGAGAGGGAGAGAAGAUGCUGUGUGCUGAUGUGGUGCUGGAUCUAUUGCUCUUGGGUCCCUCUCUUAGUUCCAAAGACAGGGUCCAUCUGAUCUUGGGGAUGUGGCAACAGAAGGCCAAAAAUCCACAGGAAGGAAGGAUGCUUGAAAUGUAACAUAAUAGUUACGCCCAUCUCUUGAUCUGCCUUAGCCGUCUCUUCAAUGACUGCAGCCCUUCCAGCCACUAGGGAUAAUGUGCGCCACCACUUGUGCCAUACAAGCACUGAAACCACAGUUCUAGUGAUGAGACCAUGUGAGCUGAAGACAGCAUGUAACUGUUGUAAGAAGCAGGCAAUAUAAGCUCAGGCUGCACUCAGACAUGGGGGUUUGUCUUAGGAGCUUUGGGCCAGUACUGCUAUUCAAAUGCCAAUAACCCUCUAAACGCUGCAUUUGUUGGGGUUUCUGCUUUUUCAAAGGAAACUAUUUUUUUUUAGUGUUUAUGUUUUAGAUAUAUGGGGCCAAAUCUUGAGGGGUGCUGAGCAGCUAGUGAGCACUUGCAGCUUCCACUGACUUCAGCAGGAGUUUCAGAUGCUCAGCGCCUCCCAGGAUUUGAGUGCCAGGGACCAGGAGCUCUGUCUUCUCAUAGAUUCUAGUUUGUAGGUAUGUCUUACAUUGGGCCUGAUUCUGAUUUCCUAUUGGUGUAAAUCAGGAGUAACUCCACAGAAAUCAGUGGAAUUAUACCAUGGUAAGUGAAAUCAGAAUCUGGUCUAUAAUAUCUAGUAAAUAUCU